GCAUUUAUUUGUUGUGACAUUGAUAGCGGUUUAUGUAUUGCAAUUAUUUCCAAAAACUAUUUGAAAUAUCUUUAUUAUAAAUAUUGGUAUCUUAAUAAUUAAUUUUACAAAAUGAGUUUUUCGUUUGGUCAAGCAAUAACCACAUCUGGUAGUACGUUUGGUACUACGACAUCUUCAGGGUCACUAUUUGGUGGGGGAGAUAAUAAGGCAUUUCAAGGAGGCACUGAUAAUAAAACAAAUGUCUUUGGUAGUCCUACAAGUAGUACACCAGCAUUUGGAGGUUUUGCUCUCGGAGCUAAAACUACAGCUUCAACAGGCUUAUUUUCAACACCAGCAACAACAAAUGCAGGAUCGGCCUUCGGUGCAAACAAACCUCUAUCAUUCGGAGGGUUUACAUCACCACCGGUGCAAACAGUUGGCAGUCCUGGCUUUGGACAACAAAAACCAGCAAAUCCAACAGAUAAACCACAGUCAGCAUUUGGAACAGCUACCCAGCAAGCUCCUGCAUUUGGUACACCUGCAACUCAAGCCUCAAUGUUUGGUUCGCCAACGGGCUCCGGAUUCGCCUUCGGUAAAACAGGCGGUAGUUUCAAUUUUAACACACCUGCUUCUGGAUUUUCUGCACCUCAGACAGCUGCCGCCACAACAGCAUCGGUGCAACAAACGGCACAGCCUUUCAACCAAAACACAACACCGGGUCAACAAUCAUCACUAGGCUUUGGACAAUCUGCAUUCGGAUCCAAACCAUUCAGCUUUAAUGCUUCUAAUCCUGCUUCUACUACAGCAGCAGGACCAAGUUUUGGGGCAUCACCAUCGUUUUCAUUUGCACAAACUGGUCAAACUUCUAAUCAAGUAACGCAACAACAACAACAACCACCACCAAGCUUCGGAUCAACAUUCACAACUCAACAACCAACGUUUGGCAGCACAACAACGACUCAAUCAAGUUCGUAUUUUGGUAGUGCCCAACCUACACCAACUUUUGGAGGUCAAACGACAGCAGCUCCGAGUUUUGGAGCACCACAGACAACACAACAAUCUUUGAAUUUCGGAAAUGUUCAAACAAGUCAACCACCGUCUUUUGGAGCGACUCAGACAACACAAUCUGCCUUUGGAGCAACUGCUACUACUCAAUCAGCGUUUGGAAUGACUCCAACUAGCCAAACAGCUUUUGGAACAACGCCAACAUCUCAAACAGCUUUCGGAACAGUCUCAACUUCUCAAUCCGCUUUUGGAUCAACACCACCAACAACACAAACAGCCUUUGGAACGACUGCAACGAGUCAACCAGCCUUUGGAACAACUCCAACGAGCCAACCGACUUUCGGAACGACUCCAACGAGUCAAACGGCUUUUGGAAUAACGUCAACUCCACAAACAGCCUUUGGCACAACUGUCACUACUCAAUCUGCUUUUGGUACAUCUCCAGCAACUCAGUCGGCUUUUGGGACCACGCCAACAACUCAAUCAGCCUUUGGAACAACACCAGCAACUCAAGCGAGCUUUGGAUCACCUCAAACUAGUCAAGCACUAAGCUUCGCAAAACCUCAAACGAGUCAGCCACCAAAUUUCGUGAUACCAACACUUCCCAAUACUUCAGCUGCAAAAACGAUUCAGCCGAUUCAACCAACAUUUGGUCAAACUAGCCAACCAUCAACAUUUGGUACAACAGCUCAAACUACUCAAACAGCUACCCUAAGCUUUGGAACAACCAGUCAAACUACACAACCAACUAGCUUGGCAACUACCACUCAGUCUGGGUUCGGCUUUGGGGCUAAGACUGCAAGUACUACAUCAAGCGGUCUCUCUUUUGGGACAACUUCAGCUUUGUCAUUUGGCAAACCCACUUCGACAGCUGCCACAUCAGGAUCAACGUCAACUACAACGCCAUCUGGUAUAACAGCGUUAGGAAAAUCAACUGCAACGACUAUGCCAUCAUUGACAACUGCUACUACCACAACAGCCGCCGGACCGCCAGCGAUUAUAUCAUCAAUAACAUUCUCACAGCUGGAGGAGAGCAUCAACAAGUGGACGUUGGAACUUGAAGAGCAGGAGAGCAGUUUUAUUAACCAAGCCACUCAGAUCAACGCUUGGGACAGGUUGCUGGUAGCAAACGGAGAGAAGAUACUAGAACUUAAUGAUGCAGUGGAGACAGUCAAAAACGAACAACAAAGUCUAGAACACGAACUAGAUUUUGUUCUAGCUCAGCAGAAGGAGCUAGAAGAUCUUCUAGCCCCACUUGAGAAACAACUUCUAGAAGACAAGAGUGACAGAAUGAGAGAUCCAGAAAGAGAACACAUGUACACGCUAGCUGAAACUUUAGACACGCAACUGCGUCAAAUGUCCGAAGAUCUCAAGGAAGUCAUUGAACAUCUUAAUGAAACGAAUAGAAGUCAAGACAAUAAUGAUCCUAUCGUUCAAAUAGGUCGUAUUCUCAACGCCCACAUGUCGUCAAUGCAAUGGAUAGACAGCUCUAUAGCUCAGAUAUCUACUAAGUUGGACCAAUUGAAGACCACCCACGACACGCUGAGGCGAGACAACGAAAGAUCCUUUCAACUUACCUAUAAUUGAUAAUAAACUGUGUUUUUGAAAUUAUUUGUAAAAGUAUUACUUUUUCUGUUGAUUUAUAAGUUGCAAGUUGUUAAAUGUUUCAAAUAUCUGCAUUAUGUAACAAACACCCUCAUGAUCCAUUUCAAUAAUUAUUCAUUGGUUCAAAUUUU